AUGGUUUACAAUACUCGAUCCGCAUCGAAGGCCAAUGGCUAUAAUACUCGUUCAUCAACGCUUGCUAGUAAAGAUGCCUCAAGUAACGGAAAAUCCAGAAAGACCCCCAAUAGAAUUUCUAAUGGAAUCCGAAAAACUAAAUCCGUCACCCAAUCGAAACCAAAAAGAAAUCUAAAGACCAGUAAUAAGGAUGGCAGCAACAAAGUUGUUUCACAUAAUACACGAUCUUCCUCAACUACCAAUAAGUCUUCCUCAACAACCAAAAAGAAGAAUGCAAGAUCAACAGCUAAUUCCAAAAAACGAAAUACUCGAAACUCCAAAAAAUCCGUUGAAAAGCCUCCUCAAGAUUCAGCGCAAUCCCUUGCUGUGCCUAAUUUCGAACCAUCACCUCAUACUCCAAGUGACUCUGUCGCUUCUCCGAUUGAAGUCGAAGCGAAUGUUUCAACUCAGCCUCCGAAGAGAUCCAACAAAAGAUCCAAAAAUCCGACUGAUCACACAACGAACCAACCAACUAAACGAACCCGAAUUACUGCCACACAGUCUACUGCUGAGGAACCUCAAAAACGUGCCACGCGUUCCGCUUCGCACUCUACCAACGAAGAAUCCCAACCACGUGUCACACGAUCAGCAAAAUAA